AUGUCUGGAGCGUUCGCCUGCCAGGGCUCCAGACUUGCAGGAAGGCUUAGCAAGCAACAAAGCUUUGCCCACAUGGCUCGUGCUACGGUCCGCGGCAUUGCGCUCGCCCUGGUUGGAGCUGCCUGGGCACUGGGAUGCUUGCCUUUGUCAUUCUGUGGCGCAGGACGUGAGGGCUCGGGAUCACUGACCGCUCGCCCCGGCUGGCGCUUGGACAAGAUGGAGUUCGGUCCGUCUGGCAUCGGGCAGCUGGUGGUUGCCGAAGGCUUCUUCAUCGGCGAGAAAGACAUGUACAAAGUCUGCAACAAGCAGGGCCGCCGAUAUCGCAUGCGGCCCUUCGCAGAGGAGCGCAAAGCUGGUGCAAGCGUGCCAGGCAUCUUUCAGCUGGGACCCUUCAAGAUCCAUCUCGAGCAGACUUUCCGCGGGGGCGCCGGCCCCUAUGAUCUCGAACGUCCGGAAGGAUACUCUGGAAACGGUGGCACUGCCGGUUGGGGUGAAGACGUGCCCAACAAGGGUGGCUACGGCAGGUGA